UUUAUUGAGGUUUAGGUUGCUCACUCAUCCCGAGCUGCGGUUGAAGAUUCUCUCAUAGAUGGUUGUGUGGGAAGUAGUUGUGUUCCCAGAGAGUGAAGCUGUCCUGGGGAAAGUGUUGGAGUUACCGUAGACUGCUAAGGACGAGAGGGAGGGAACUUUUGAAACAGCCAAACCGGGCUUGCCUUUUUUCUCUUGGAUAGAAGAGCGGACUCAAGUUUUCACCAUGCCGGUUUUUCACACAAAGACGAUAGAAAGUAUCCUAGAGCCGGUGGCUCAGCAGAUAUCCCAUCUGGUGAUAAUGCACGAGGAAGGUGAGGUGGACGGGAAAGCUAUCCCGGAUCUCACCGCCCCGGUGGCUGCGGUGCAGGCGGCUGUUAGCAACCUUGUCCGGGUGGGUAAAGACACUGUCCAGACAACUGAAGACCAGAUAAUGAAGAGAGACAUGCCUCCAGCUUUCAUCAAGGUUGAGAACGCUUGCACCAAGCUGGUCCAGGCAGCAUCCAUGUUGAAAUCAGACCCCUACUCUGUUCCCGCUAGAGACUACCUCAUUGACGGCUCUCGGGGCAUCCUCUCUGGCACCUCGGACCUCCUGUUGACCUUCGACGAAGCUGAGGUUCGUAAAAUCAUCCGCGUGUGCAAAGGCAUCUUGGAGUACCUGACAGUGGCCGAGGUGGUGGAGUCCAUGGAGGACCUGAUCACAUACACAAAGAACCUGGGACCAGGGAUGACGAAGAUGGCGAAGAUGAUUGAUGAGCGACAGCAAGAGCUGACCCACCAGGAACAUCGUGUGAUGCUGGUCAACUCCAUGAACACCGUCAAAGAGCUGCUGCCUGUACUCAUUUCUGGGAUCAAGAUCUUCGUGACGACCAAGACGUCUGGGAGCCAGGGAGUUGAGGAGUCCCUGAAGAACAGGAACUUCACCUUUGAGAAGAUGAGCGCUGAGAUCAACGAGAUAAUCAGGGUGUUGCAGCUCACUUCCUGGGACGAGGACGCGUGGGCCAAUAAGAAGGACACGGAGGCCAUGAAGAGAGCUUUGGCGCUCAUCGACUCUAAGAUGACCCAGGCCAAAAACUGGCUGAGGGACCCCAAUGCCCCACCAGGGGAUUCAGGAGAACAGGCGAUCCGUCAGAUUCUGGACGAGGCUGGGAAGGUGGGAGAGCUGUGUGCCGGGAAAGAGAGGAGGGAUAUCGUGGGCACGGCCAAAACCCUGGGCCAGAUCACCGACCAGGUGUCUGAGAUGAGGGCCAGGGGUCAGGGGGCUUCUUCUGCAGCUUUGCAACGGGCUCAGCAGGUCUCCCAGGGGCUGGACGUUCUCACUGGGAAGGUAGAGAACGCAGCCCGGAAACUGGAAGCCAUGACCAACUCCAAACAAGUCAUCGCCAAGAGGAUUGACGCUGCUCAGAACUGGCUGGCAGACCCCAACGGAGGUCCUGAGGGGGAGGAGAACAUCCGGGCUCUCCUGUCUGAGGCCAAGAGGAUCGCUGACAUGAGUGAGGACCCCAAAGAGAGGGACGAUAUCCUGAGGUCCAUCGGAGAGAUCGCAGGCCUCACCGCCAAGCUGUCAGAUCUCCGGAGACAUGGUAAAGGUGACAGCCCGGAGGCCAGGGCUUUGUCCAAGCAGAUCGCCACCGCCUUACAGAACCUGCAGUCCAAGACCAACAGGGCAGUAGCCAAUAGCAGGCCGGCCAAGGCCGCGGUCCACCUGGAGGGGAAGAUGGAACAGGCACAGAGCUGGAUGGAAAACCCCACCAUAGACGAUGGGGGAGUGGGCCAGGCAGCUAUCCGAGCUCUGGCAUCAGAAGGCCGUCGCCUGGCUACUGCCCUACCGGGUCCUUACAGGCAAGAGCUGCUGGGAAAGUGUGAGCAGGUGGAGCAGCUCAUGGCCCAGCUAGCCGACCUGGCGGCUCGGGGGGAGGGCGACUCCCCACAGGCGCGCGCGGUGGCCCAGCAGCUUCAGGAGGCCCUGAAAGACCUCAAAGGAACGAUGCAGGAAGCGAUGACCCAGGAGGUGUCGGACAUCUUCAGUGACACGACCACGCCCAUUAAACUGCUGGCCGUGGCGGCCACUGCCCCCUCCGACGCCCCCAACAGGGAUGAGGUGUUCAACGAGAGGGCUGCCAACUUUGAGAACCACGCCAACCGGCUGGGGGCCACCGCUGAGAAGGCUGCUGCUGUAGGAACCACCAACAAGAGCACGGUAGAAGGGAUCCAGGCAGCUGUCAAGUCUACACGGGACCUCACUCCACAGGUCGUCUCUGCUGCACGUAUCCUACUGAGAAACCCCGGCAACCAGGCUGCGUACGAGCACUUUGAGACGAUGAAGAACCAGUGGAUCGACAACGUGGAGAAAAUGACAGGUUUGGUGGACCAGGCAAUAGACACUAAGUCCCUGUUGGACGCCUCUGAGGAGGCCAUCAAGAAAGACCUGGAUAAGUGCCGUGUGGCUAUGGCCAACCACCAGCCUCAGAUGUUGGUGGCUGGGGCGACCAGCAUCGCCCGGCGGGCCAACCGGAUCCUCCUGGUGGCCAAACGAGAGGUAGAGAACUCUGAAGAUCCCAAGUUCAGAGAGAUGGUGAAGGCUGCGUCUGAUGAACUCAGUCAGACGAUCUCUCCAAUGGUGAUGGAUGCCAAGGCCGUGGCAGGGAACAUCACUGAUCCAAGUCGGCAAAAGGGCUUUCUGGACUCUGGUUAUAAUAUCCUUGAGGCAGUUGCCAAGGUGAGAGAUGCCUUCCAGUCUCAGGAACCAGAUUUCCCACCACCACCACCUCCAGAUCUGGACCAGCUGCAGCUGUCCGAUGAGCCCGCCCCACCCAAACCCCCCCUACCCCAGGGCGAGGUUCCUCCACCCAGGCCUCCUCCCCCAGAGGAGAAGGACGAGGACUUCCCUGAGCAGGCGGUUGGAGAGAUGGUCAGCGAGCCCAUGAUGAUGGCUGCAAGACAGCUCCACGAGGAGGCGCGGAAGUGGUCCAGCAAGGGUAACGACAUCAUCGGCGCAGCCAAGCGCAUGGCCCUGCUCAUGGCUGAGAUGUCCCGUCUGGUGCGUGGCGGCAGUGGCAACAAGCGCGCCCUCAUCCAGUGUGCCAAAGACAUCGCCAAGGCCUCGGAUGAGGUCACCAAGCUGGCCAAAGAGGUGGCGAAGCAGUGCACUGACAAACGCAUUCGAACCAACCUGCUCCAGGUAUGUGAGCGUAUCCCUACCAUUAGCACACAGCUUAAGAUCCUCUCUACGGUCAAAGCUACCAUGUUGGGUCGUACCAACAUCAGUGAGGAGGAGUCGGAGCAGGCUACGGAGAUGUUGGUUCACAAUGCCCAGAACCUCAUGCAGUCUGUGAAGGAGACGGUCAGAGAAGCCGAGGCAGCCUCCAUCAAGAUCCGAACGGAUGCCGGUUUCACCCUCCACUGGGUCCGAAAGACCCCUUGGUACCAGUAAUGGACCAACUGUUUGUUCCUCUGCCUCUCAAAUAGCUCUGUAUUCCCUAUUUAGUUCACUAUUCUGUUCCGGGCUCGUAUGUCUGAAAUAUUAGGGCACUAUUCAGAGAUUUGGGUGCUAUCUGAGACAGGUUUAUUCUGCUGAAGACCCAGCCUGUUAAGGAGAAAACAGCCACACCCAUUGGGCUAUUGAUUGGACGGACACUUACUGUAGCCACUAAUUUAAUGCUAUAAUGAAAACAUCCUGCCUGAUUGGAUAGAAUGAGUUGAUACUGAACACAGUAUUUAUCGGUCAUUGUCAAUCCCAUGACAGUUUGGUGUACUAUAAAUGAAGGGACUUUCUGAUGCAACUUUGACAUUGUUUAGAAUUUUUCUUAGUAAGAUCUUUUUUUUUCUAAUUGUAUGUAACAAAAUAAAGUGAAAUUUGUUUUUAGUUCUAAGGUUAAAUCAUAUAUAUUUGACUAAGGUUGUUUUUCCCCCAUUUCCAGUAAGAUAAAUGGCUAUUAUUAGAAGUGAGAUAUACAGAAGCCCAUUGCAAGAAGGAUACCUCCAAAUUCUAUUGAUUAUCAAGAUUGUUUUUCUUAAGUCAUUUUUGUAUCUUUAUACUGGUUCUUUAUUUCACUACUUGCAUUCUGCAGCCAUUCACCUUUGCUAGUAUUAAGCCCAUCCGAUCUGAACUCAAUGGGAGUUGGUUGAAAUAUCUUAAUGCUCAGCUCUACACGCAACUAUAUAUUAUUAUGUGGUGUUGUCUGUUUACACUUAUGUUAUAGAAACUGAGAAAGAAACACUGUUCCAUGUUGAAUUUCAAAUAGAUGAGAUGAUUUUUGUAAGAAUGUUUUUAUUUUAAUUGUCAGGACUUCUGCCAAAGAGUUUAUUCUAGCCAGGGGUUCAAAAUCUCUUAGUCAUCUUUGUGCCUACUCCAUUGCUGUUCUUGACACAUCAUGAAACAACAGGGAGUUGGCAUGAUGGCACUAAGCAGACUGGCACUCAGGCUAAUUUCCACCUUUUUUUUUAAAUGGGUCUUGGGGUUUGCUAUAUCUGCAGUGUUGAAAAACACAAGGGCUAGCUGGUUGGACACAUUACAUAGAGAAUGUUUCAUCAACUCACAGUCAUCUAGCCUACAAAAGUGAUGAUGAUUUGAAAUGAAUUAUCUUAAGAUACAUUUGCAUUCAGCGCUUGCUCUUUUCUUGACUAGCUCAGAUUUUUCACAAUGUUGCAUUGAGAUCACAUGGUAAAUGUAAGUGCCUUGAUGCAAUGUACACAGCGUAUUAUGUACAGACGCAUUCAUUAUAUAUUAUGGGAUUUUAAGCUAAAGGUCGUGUAUGGGGUUAAGUGUAUGAACAGUUUAUUGGCUUGUGGAUAAAGAUUAAGCCUAGUCUUGGACUAAAAACCAAGUGACUUUGUCUAUGACUAGGUUUAAUCUGUGUCCAGAAAACCCUGGGACCACUAAUGUACAUUAUGAUGUGCCACCUGAAAAGGGUGUACGAAGAUCAGCCUUUAUGCUGAUGUCUACAAAAUACACUACAGUAAACCUUAUAGUAGCUAACAUAGCUUGGACUGUACAACUGGUUUAAACAUAGAAUUUUUAAAUGUUCUGUCUUAGACCAAUGCAGUUUGAAUGUGUAUGUUAUUGAGACCCUACAAAACCAUCUGAUGUGCCUUGUAAUAAAAAAGAUGAAUUGCAAUAAUUUUUUUUGUUUCAUUUACAGAAAAAUGCUGUCCCAGAUAAAUCUGUAUAAGUCCUACGUACUGCAGCAUGAUUUUGUUCAGAUUUGUUCAGUGUCAACUCGAGCAACAUCCGUUUUAUUCAGUAUCUAUAAAAUUACUCAAAUCCUG